AAGCCGAGCCUGCUUCAUCCCUCUCCCUACCAUUCUUUACUCCUUCUUGAGUCUAACUGUCCACUCGUCGAAUGACCAGUACGCAACCAAAGUUCGUCUUGCUUACAUUGGAUUAUCGUCCACGUGAUUCCGUUUAAUGUAAACAUCGCAAAAUAGUGUUUUUUCGAGAUCAUAAAAAUAGAAAAUGAGAUGGAAAUAUUUGUGUGGUACGCGAAAUUAAUCGAGGUGCAUAGUUUCGGAAUUCGAAGUACAAUAUGUCAGAUACGCGAAAACGUUCAGUCCUUCGCGUUGCUGUUCGGAAAACUUCGGUGACCUUCGUGGGUGCUCGGCCGUCUACGGCGACGCUCGUAACCGGCAUCCUCGAGGAGGCGAUGCACGACAGAUGCCUUGAGGACCAGUGACAGAAUGUUAUGUUGAAAUCAGGUGAAAUUCGGUUAAUUCGUGUGUGAUUGUGCGGGGAAACUCGGACGCAUAUCAUGCCAGUCACGUGUUCGGUUUAUCUUAACAAUAUCGGAUGAAGCCUGAUCCUGCCGGAGGACAAAAUUUAAGAUGGAAUCCGAGGUGCGGACGCUCAAGCAGGAGUUGGUUCGUACUCAAGAGGCCUUGAGAACGGCAACAAAGAGAUGCCGUGAUCUGGUGAAAGAGUUGGACAAUCGCACCGCGAGCCACGAGUCCGAGAAGACUCUUCGGGAUCAGCAGCUAUCACGAAUACUUCGUGCUCUGCUGGUUCUCGAAGCGCGGCUGAAACAGGAGCAGAAAUCGAUCAGGCAGCUGCUCUGCGAGAAGGACAACGUGAUCAGGAAUCAACAGCUCGAGAUUGCUAGGCUCAGGCGUUACACCAAGAAUUACAUUAAGUGCAAACGCGAGCAGACUCUCGGCAAACCGGCGCAGGUCGAGCCAGCAACCAACAUCGAGGAUGUCGAUCUGCAAACAUCUAACAAAGAUGCAAGCUCGAGGCAGGAUUGCAGCAUUAGUAAAGACAUUCAAAACCUGAAGUGCGAGAUAAUCACGAAGCUGAAUUCGUCUGAGGUACCUGUUGCGCUCGAUGACCUGGACCGAGGGGUGAAAAAGACACACAGCUUUGCCGGGAGCGAUAUCUCGAAAACGAGCCUGACGAGCAGUGAGAACACGGACGCGUCGAUUAUCACGACCACCACCGAAGGUAGCCCCUCGUUGUUGAGCACCGAGGGUUUCUGCGAGGGCGAGAGUACUGACAUAUCGCCCGGUUCCACUCUAAACAAAUCCAACAGGUGUACGCCAACGAUAGUCACCGACAGUGAGAACGAGAUUACAAUGAUCUAUGACGACGAUGACGAUGAAGAAACGAUGGCUAUGGAAAAUGGUACGAAGUUGCCAAGGAAAAAAGUUGGGAUCAGCAGUAGGUCUACAACGCAGAAAGCUUGCAAAGAAAUCGAUAUGAUCGAGUCCACGACCAUCGCGAGAACAGAGAGUAAAGACGAUGGGAUGGAUUGCAAUUUCGUCUCGGAAGACGAAGAGAAAGAACAGGAACCUAUUUACGUGAAUGCGUGUAACGAGACGAACUCGAGGAACUUGGUACACUCGGAGGUCGUUGUAUUGGAAGAGUCAAAGAUGAAUGAAAAUAACAGUAAUAAUAACAGCGGAUGCAAUGCCGAAAAUAGUACUAACGACAAUAAUAAUAGUGUACAUCUGGAAAUGAAAAUCGAGGAACAGACAGUGGAAGAGACCAGCGGGAACUGGUACAGUGACCCAGACGAAGAUAAAAUGAACGAUGACGUCUUCAGGCACAGUACCUACCAGCCGAACAGCAACCACAAUUCCGUUUUAGAGUGCGUUAAUCAGAUUCUUCUGCGAGACAUGGAGGAAGAAGAGAAUAUUCUUUCCAUACCUAGGAGGUUUAAGCAUCGCGGAAGAAUAGUUCGGUUUCAACCGGCUAGAUUGUCAGACAUUGAGUCAGUGGGAUCUGAGAUGGAGCGGAAAAACUCCGAGGAAGGCAUUACAGAGAAAGAGUCAACUGGUAACGAGUUUGUCGACAUUCCUAACAAUAGUUUCGAGCCCACUGCUACGGAAGACGAGUUCGGAAUGAGCCUUACUCAAACCACCCCGACAUCGAAUACCACGACGACGAUAACGAAUCACGAAUCUGGUCUCGAUGAAGAAACGGAAGAAUCGAAGGCAAUCCCAAUCAUUAUUAUAGAACCAAAGGUCGAGGUGGAAGAAACGAGGAGUGCAACUUUCCCCGCUUCGCCGAUGACGCAAAAGAUCAAGACGUCGAUGCAUGCAUCGAAUCCGCCAUUGAAACUGGAGCGAAUAGAGGAGAAGACCUGUUUGCAGAUGUCCACAAAGGGACUAACUAUAGCAAAGAAUUUAGACUACGAGGACAUUGAGUCGCUCCCAGAGAUCGUACCACCGCCUCCUAAGACUCCUCCUGCGCUACCUCCGAAACCACAAUUCAAGAAUAAUACGUUGAUCCUGAAGAAGAUUCCUAGUCCCUCAUUCCUUAUUGAUGAAACGCGCAAAAAACAACAGCUUCUUGAAUCCAACUCAGCCGAACAGAGUAAAAAAAUCUUUGGUUUCAUAUCCUUCCCCAUGAAAUCUGGGAUCAACGUAACGUCCGCGAGAAGCUUAAACUUCGAUGAAGCCAAUGUCACGGCGAACAACGAAGAGGGCAGUUUUUGGAGAAAUAGGUUCAACAACGUUCGGUCAUCUUUUCAGUCGCGACAGAGCCACGAAACUAUCGCAGAACAGGCACGGAAAAUUCCGAGGGUUACUAACAUCGUUCGUCAUUUCGAGGAGUUCAAGAUUGGUGGCGAAUCGAAGGAACAGACGAAGGAACGUACAAAGACAAAGGACAAGCACGUUCAUCCAGAAUUCGACCAGGAGUUCGAUAUUCGACAGAACUUCGAGGAGUUCAAUUUGGAUGAGUGUGAUUUAUCGGAUGAUCCAGACAGGCCAGAGGCCGAUGGAUCGGAGAGGCUCGGCAAUCUUGGCACGACGGUCGGUCAGACCGAGAAAACUGCCGCAACCAAAGACAAUAAUAAUGUUCCUCUUGCUGCGAGCAAUUCGAGCAGCGGCUACGAUCACUUCCUAGAAGCGACAGGCCUUAGUAAUAAAUCUAUACUGACACCGUCGAGGUUGCUAAGCAAUCACAAGAGUAUGCUAAAGCCGAAAGACGUCAAGUACAAGAGCAAGAUCAAGGCGACAGCAGUGAUGGAGAAGCACGGCGUGUCCGCGACGAACAACACCACUCACGUUAGAUACUGGACCGGUCCGUUCGUCUGACGACUAGCUCAAGUUUUUCCAAAAGGUCUGUUUCGUCAAGAAAACGAAGAGACGUGAAUUGAAAAAUGUAAACAUUUUAUUAGUGACUAUGGUCAAUGAAUCGGCACAAGUGCUAACCGACAAGCUUGGCCCGGUUAAUCAAGUGCAAAACUUAAUUCUGUAAAUUAUUACUAACAUGUUUUCCAUCCACUUUUUAAUACGAUCACGUUUUAUCAAAUUGUUCGUUACUAGAUUAUCGGAGAAACCGUAAGAGUUAAUUUAUUUAUAGCAACUUCGAUCUUAAACGAUACUUUGAUGUGUUAUAUAUUUUGAUAUAAAAUGUUUCUGAUCUAUUUAUAACAUUAUUAACGAAAAUCGAUGAAAUGAGAAUUGAUCGUGACAAGUUAACGUCGUUUUCCUUGUUGUGAAGUAAAUUUACAUACACUAUGGAAAUUAAACGUUUUUAUCGUGACAACAUUUUUGUUCUAUUGUUUCCAACGAAAGAUGACAAGUAAAAAAUUAUGUAAUGAAAUAAAUUAUAGCAAUGGAUUCCUGAUAAUAUACCAUCAAUUUAAAAUUUGAAUAGUCGUGGCUUUAAAUUAACUCGUAAUUACGUAUUAUGUUAUAUAGCUCUUACCGUAUAAGAUUCUAAUUGUCAAAUGUUAAAUAUCUCAAUUAAUUCUUGCGUUAUAGAAUUUAAGAAUCCGUGAGUAUGUAAUUACGGGUUAAUUACUAGUCGAUGUAAACAAUAUAAAAACGAAAGGUAUAUACUCUGUGAAUGAUUAGAAAUCAUAUAUGUAAUACACAUACAUACCAACAAAAUUGAACUCGAGGAUAAAAAUAAAAAUAUACUUUCCCUCUUU